GCGACUUGAGGUUCUCAGUCUCAAAUUAACUAUGUGAUCUACUAGUGGAAUAGUGACAGUCCGGAAUUAUUAAAUGGCAAUUGAACUUCGCUUUUCCAAAAAGGACAACCACCCUUGGGGAUUCCGUUUAACCGGAGGCUCCGACCAUGAUUUUCCUCUUACUGUCGUGAAGAUUGUAGAUGGUAGUCAUGCGGAUAGAGCUGGGCUUAAAGUUGGAGACGUUCUAUUAAAAAUUCAAGAUACAAAUACCGAUGAUUUAACUCACGAGCAAGCCCAUGAAUCGCUUCUUAAAUUAGAUCAAGAAUUUACAGUGAAAAUUUUAAGGGGCGAUCUAACGGAUAUUCAAUUAAAUUUAAUAGCUGAUGAAGAUAGAAAUGAAGAAGUGUAUAAUAUUUUGGAAGGUUCUAUACCAAUUGAAUAUGAAGAAAGGCCAUAUCCUGACGAACAAACUACAGAAAAUAUAUCAUUUGUAAAGCACGAUUUAAAUUUAACAGACGAAGAAGUUCACAGAAUAAUAAAUCCAGAAAAUUUCGAAAAUUCUGCAACUCUAAAAGAGCUCAAAAAAAAUGAAAAUUUGGAACAUGUAUCUACCGAAGAACAACGUAUGUUUUAUGUUGCGAACGCAGAAGUAAAAUCCGAAUUGUAUUUAGAGCAAACAAUUGAAAAACAAGUAAAUACCCAGAUACUUAUUCAAGCAGAACGAAAUCAAUUUGAAGAAAUGCAAUCAGCAGCAAAUAAAGUCAGUGCACAACAUGUGCACUCUUCACAAAUUUGCGAAAAUGAAGUUUUGGGUAAAUCGGAAGUUUUAAAAGCCAUCAAUACGUGCUUGAGUGAUUUAGAGAUAGAGGAAAGAAAGUGGUCCACAUUUUUGCAAAAACCUAAAAAUCCUAAACCAAUUGUCAAAGAAGAAGAAUUAAAAGAAAAUCAAUACAAAGUUGUUAUACGAACAAAAAAAGAUCUAGAAAUUGAAAGAGCGACUAAGAAAGCAGAAAAGGAAGCAGCGGUAGCUAUGGAAAUCGCAGCAGAAGAAUCUCGGAUUGAAGCAGAAAGAGCAGCAUAUGAAGCAACAUUAAUUGCUGAAGAGGAGACUUAUAAUGAAAUAAAUGUUGAAAUGAAAGAAGCUAACAAAAAUGAAAGAAGAAAAUUAGAAGAAGAAGAUGAUAUUAUAAAUAAAGAAAUUACAGUUGAAAUAGAACCCGACUACGAUUCAGUUUCCGAGAAAAGUGAGGAGAAUAUGACAUAUAUUACUGGUACGAAAAAAUCAACUUUAUCUAUAGAACAGCAGCUAUCGCAAGUCAAAGAACAACUUUCAGCGCUAUCUGAUUUACCUCAGACGAUUCAAAUGACUUUGAGUUUAAUAACGCAACAAUUACAAAAGAUUGCGCAUAACAGUCAAUCGCACGAAGAAGAGAUGGAAAACGAGUUCAGUUGCGCUGAAAACACAGACACGGAGGAUGAAAUUACUGAACUUGUGAUUCUAGAAUCGCAAGAUGCAUUAAGUAUCGUUGAAGAGGAAAGUGAAAAUAGGGAAUCAAUACAAGAUUUCUUAAUAGAAGAACAACGGUGUUUGCAAAGUUCUGAAUUGGAGGCAAGUGUUCUUGUUAAAACUAUGAGCCUAGAAGAGGAUAUAAUGGAUCAAGAAGACAUUGAUAUGAAACUUAUAGAAGAAAUAGAGGAAAAGAAGAACGCACAAUUGAAAAUUGAUAAACAAGCCAAGGAAAUGAACGAGUUUCGACCCCUGGCACCUCUGGAGCGACCAAUAAUUUUACCGGGAGGUAGAAAAUGGUCUCAACCCGAUGACGCAGUUCGAUCAUUCAGACAACCAAAAAUGUCUGAUGACAAGAUCGAUCAAACUAUAAGCUCUUAUUAUGAAGUUGUUACAGGACACACGAUUGGAAUUAACUUCUUGAAAUUUCAACCACCUCCGAAAAAAAUGGAUCACCUUCAGCAUUCAGAAGUUUAUAAAAUUAUACAUGAUUUGGAACCACCCGCUAAAGGUAUAUUAGCCAGACCAGAAAUGAUUUUAUCUGAAGAAGAUUAUUUUACUAAGAAAAACGAAAAUAAUCAAAUAUCUCCCCAAAUGGAGCGCUGAGAUCAUAGUUAAAAUAUAUUUUGAACUUACAAUGUCAAUGAAAUAUGUUAUAGAAAAUUGUGUGUAAUUAAAUAAUUGUA